AUGCGCUUAAUCACCGUCAGCGCCGCCGCUGCGCUGGUGGUAUCAUCCUCCGUUGUCGCUGAGUCAGUCUCGACUGCCCAGCUCUCGGUCGUGGAGGGGGGCGCGAGAGAAUGUACUCUCUGCUUAGAACACGCCGCGAGCCAAACUCAAUGCGAGGCUAGCGACUCUUCGGAAACCAACUUCGACUUUGAAUGUCUCUGUCUCAAAACCGCAUUCCGAAUUAUCACAAGGGGUUGCUCCGGCUUCUGCGAGGGCACUCAGUACAGCCUCGAAUCACAAUGCAGGUUAGAUAACGGAACCCCGCGAAAUGCUAUCGACAGACGAGCUGCCUUCGUCGAAGGUGAUGCACGAAGCUGUAAUCUCUGCUUGGAGCAGGCCGCUCGACAAACAUACUGCGUCAACAAUAACUCGAGCAUAUCAGGAUACGACUUCCAUUGCCUCUGCAAGGAACCUGGGUUCUCAGAGUACACGGAGGGCUGUACUGAUUUCUGCAGAGCUACCGAGUAUGAUAUCGAGAUACAAUGCAGUAAAAUUCGGGAGUGCCCGGUUUGCAACAUCGAUGAGGUACGAAAGUGUGAACGUUGUCUCGAAGACACAUCGUCGACGACCACGGCGACGACUUCUUGCAAUCUCGCUCCUGACGCCGAUAUCAGCGGCCUUUUCGAAUCAGCCAACAUCGAAUUCACAGCAGCAGCCUGCACGGAAUUUUGCAUCGCCAUCCUCGAAGCACAAUGCUCUCUUUCACAGAUGACUCUCUCCCCACGCACCGCUCAACUCCAAACCUCGAAUCCCGGCUUCGGCUUCUGUGGUCCUAAGGGGACCAACUGCAAGUCUACCGAGUCCGCUCAUUCUUCUUCUUCUUCUUCUUCUUCUCAUCAUUCUCCUCCAUCACCACCCAUAAAACCUCUCAUGAAUCGCAAACAACAACAACAACAACACCAGCACCAGCACCACAAAGACCAUAAACACUCCCGAUCCGCCAAUUGGCCGCAUCAUUCGGGAGCACAAACUGCAUCGGGCAUUUUUGGGUUCUGUGGGGUUUCGGGGAGUAAUUGUCGAGCAGAGGAGAAUAAGCAGCAGCAGCAACAACAAGAGACUACCACCUCCACCACCAGCAGCAGCAGCGAUGCAACUGUGACGACGAUGACGGCAAUGACGACGAUGAUGGCGAUACAAAUUCCAUCAUCUCGAACUGCUGCUACUACUGCUACUACUGCUACUGCUACUGCUACUCCUGUCAUUCAUCCCACUAGCAAGAACCCCAAGACCACCACCACAACCACAAAUCCUAUCUCGAAUGAAACAAACUCUCCCUCACCACAGAACCGACGACAACGACGACGGACACGAAAUCUCCGAGCGUAA